AUGAUUCAAGCAUUAUCUAAAAUCGAUCCAAUUUAAUAGUAUUACGUCAAUGAUCAUUAUGUUCAUUCCAUAUCAGCAAAAGAAUUUAGAACAAAUUAAUCAUAUUCACCAAAAGCUUUAAUUUAAGGAUAUUGGAAGAAGGAUUACUAAACAUUAAUGACACUUAAUUGUUCAACUGAAGAAUAAAGAAUUACGUUGCCUUAAAUUAGUACAAAAUCAUAUUAAGUAAGUGACACUAAAAUAGAAAAGGAAUCAUUUGAGACUACUAAUAGUUUUAACAAAAAUAUUUGUGCUGAUCUUAUAUUAUAAAAAUAUAAAAUAAAACCAGGAAAUGCCAAUAAUUAAUAAUAAAGGAAAGAAAAAGAACAUAUAAAAUUACCUGGUAAACUUAUUAAAGGUAGUUUUCAGUACAAUAAAAAUAUUGGAACACGAGUUUAUAAAAAAUAUAAUAAUGAAUUAUCAAUAGAACGUUUAGAUAUAAAAUAAUAAUUGACUCCAAAACCUACUAUUCAAUCUACUCCUCCUAGUAAUACUUCAUUAGACUGUUAAAUAAAUCAAAUCAAACCUGUAUUUGAAUUAUAGAAACCCAUUAAAAUUUAAUAUAAUAAACCAUAAACUCCAAAUCCUAUACAAGAAUAAAUUAUUAGAAAAGAAUUAAUUAACAAAGUUUAAUUGAAGUCUUUACUUAUUAGAACUAUCAAUUAAUAAAUUUCUAAUUUAGCACUAAUAUAAUUUGAUGAAUUACUUGGGUUUUUAGAAGGUAGUUACUAUGGUUUAUAAUUUGAUUUUGUAUAAAGUGAUCUUUAUUUUGAGUAUUAAAAUACAAAAGAGCAUUAUUUCUAGAAAUUAUUGUAAAAUUCAUAAAUUUAUAUCUUAAAAAAUCUAAAAGAAGCUUUAUUUUCUCUUUCAAAAUUAUAUCAGAUAAUCUUGAUUACUGAAAAUAUGCAAAAAUAAUUAGUUGAAUAUGUAAAUUUGAAUAAAUUGCCUAUUAGUGCAAUAUAUUAGAUUAAAUUAUCAAAUGUAUCAUUUAUUGGAAUUAAAACAAUAGAUUGUUAUUAAAUUAUGAAAGAUCUCUAAAUUAAGAAAAUAAAUAAAAUUGCUUUAAUUUAGACAUAUGAGUUAUUAUAUAAAUCAAAUGAUGCUAUUAAAUAAAUAUAGGAAUAAAACAUUUUAUACCCUUAUGAAAAUGAAACUCGUUCUGAUCAUUUUUAUAUUUUAAUGUUACCAAGUUUGUGUAUGUAAAGUCUCUUGAAGACAGAAUAAUAUCAAUCUAAAUUAUUCUUGCAUUCUCUUUACUUUAUUGAAUAAUUUUGUUAAUCAAUAUUGUUUGAUAAUGUUAAAGAUUAUUGUGCAUAAAAAAUACAUCCAUUAUUAUUAUAAGAUCAUUAUUAAAAUUUAAAGGACAAUAUUACUGUUAAAAUUUAAAAUAUUGAUUCAUUAAAACAAUAACCUUUAAUUUAAUAAUAGAGAUAUUCCAAAAAAGAGAUGAUUGCAAGAAUAUCUGAAAAAUUUGAAAAUUAAUAAAAAUUCUAAGAAUUGUCAUAAGAUCUUGUAUUAAGAAAUAAAAAAAUAAUAAAGAGAAUAAGUAGAUACAAAUAAGAGUAGUUGAAUAUUCUUUAAAUUGUGAAGGAUUAACUGACAAAAGAACAUGAAUUACUACAUUAUUGUUAAAAAUUACUUGAUAAUUGUUAUUAUAUUAUAUUUUGA